AUGAAGAAAAAAAAUCGCGCCAAGGGAAGAGAAUGCACAAAGAAAGAUGACAAAAAUGACGUGUCUGGGAAUUACGAAACGCAGGGUUCUCAAGAAAUACCCCAGCCCGACGUCAAUUCCAGCAUGGUCUACUUAAAUAUAUAUGACUUGGAUGCCAUUUCCAAGGUUGUCAACACGGUGGCCAGAUCAAUGGGCGCAGGCGUAGAGGUCUACGGGUAUGAAUAUUCAUUCGGUUACAUAGUAGACGGAGAAACGGGGGUGACCAAAACGAGCGCCCGCUACCAUCCCUACCACGUGUAUCGUGAAAGCAUCCCUAUGGUAACUUACUAUUUUGUUUUCCCCCAAUUUAAAACUCCACUAACGAAGGAAGAAGUAGACCUUUUGGUUGAGGUGAUGAAACUGCAGUGGAUCGGAGAUACGUACGACAUAUUGUCAAGGAAUUGCCUCAACUAUGCCGACUAUUUCUGCAAUUUGCUGGAUGUCGGCAGCAUCCCCGAAUGGGUCAUGAGUUUACAAAAGAAAGUAACAUGGGUAAAGUCAAACAUAAAUGUCGCUGCGUCAAAGUUGAAAGAAUUAAACAAAGCUGCUGGAAUACCAACCGUGAUAAAUUUCAUAAAGAAAAAGUACAACGACAAUGGUGACGACUACGAAGGGUAA